AUGGAUUUGGUAGAAGAAACGCUAAGAAAUAGACCAUUGGUUAAUUCUCGGGGCUCAAAAUUUCCCCACGAGGUGCCACCUCGAUUGCACAUCCCUCAGAUUAAGCUUCAGCCAUUACAACCUGCAAGUCAAAUGUUUGGCCCCUGGUACAAUGAAUGUGAUCAAUUGGUACAAUUAGCUGAAUUGCACGAUAAACGUUCACAACAGUUUGAGAGUUGGUAUGUGAGUCAGUGUCUAAGCAAAAAACCUCCUGGCAUGGCAAUGACAAUGCUCUCACCUUCUCGUAGGGAAUAG